AAUGAGUCUAAGUAUUUUUAGUGCUAAGACAAGUUACUAUAAGAAUGGUAUCUGGUGGUUUACUAAAAUGGCUGCUAGAGUAGUAGGGGAAGAGAGAUGGGAUUCAAUGAGAAUGGCUAGAAGAAUCUAUGGCAAUAAAUUUUACUAUGCAAGAUAAUAAGUCUUGUUUGAUAUCUUUUAUGAUUGGCCAGCCUUCGCCAAUAUGAUUGGUAUAUAUCCUAAAGUAUAAAAAUGUCUUAUAUAAAUAGAUUGAUACUUCACAUGGAUUCCUUCAUUGGUCAACUUACGAAGCUUAUAGAGAUUGGUAAGAACAUACAUUGAAUUCAGAUGUAAAAUUUAACUCAUAUAUAUAGGGUGCCUUUGCUAUGUGGAUUUACUUAAUGUGUGGAAUUUACAUCGGCCAUUUUGUAUAUUCAUAUAUGGUUCCUUAUUAUUGGACGUAUCUUGUUUUGACUAUAAAAUAGUAAUAUGUUCCCUGCCAAAAAUGAGGAAUUUGUAAGAUUGAGAAUGAAGGAUGCCAUAGCUUCAACUGUUCAGGAAGAAUUGUUUGGAAAUCAAUUUGCGGAAUUUGGUUGGGCUCCUCAUGAUUUUCAUUAUAACAGACGAAGAUGCAUGGCAGGUUACAGUCAUCCAGAUGAUCCUCGUACUAUGCAUAUGGGCAGUUUUAAUAGUAAUACAUUUUUGAAUAUUCUAUAGGAAAACAUAAGUAUAAGGAACACUAUAUUAAGAGAGUAGGAUAACAAAGUAGAAUGGCUGAUCUAUGAAAAGACAAAUAAGAAGACAUUAAUAUAAUUUUUUCUUAGUUUAGUUAAUAAUGUUAAACAUCUUGUUUAAAUAGGAUUCUAUUUUUUCUAAUUUAUAAGUAACAAUAUUUUUGAUUCUGCUGAAGUUCUUUUAGAAUUAUAAUUAAAUAAAAGCAAGAAAAUUAUAAAUUGCCACGUUAUGGAAAUUGCAAAUUCCUAAUACAAAGAUAUCACUCAAUAAUUUCUAUCUAAAGUACAUAUUAAACUUGUUGCAAUCAAAAGGGAAUAGCCAAAUUGUAUUAAGGAUCAUAUUUUAAUUAGAAUUUUUACUCACAGCCAAAAUUGCCAAAGAGAAAAUUGAUGCAGCCAAUCAAAGACUUUAGGAAUUUCAUACUAGUAUAUCUUUAAAUUUUAUUCUUUUAAGCAUCUUAAUCUACAGGACUUUUUAAUGAUUAAGAUUAUAAAUUGAAUUCUAUACUCUCUUUAGUCAAAGACGAUAUUAGUUAAAUACAUAUUCAUCUUAAUUAACUUAAAACUUAAUUGAAUAAUGAUUUAAAUUAAUCAAUUUUUGAUUUUGUUUAGCAAAAAGCAAUGAAAACAUCUGAUUCAUUUAAAAAAGUAUAUGAUUUCAAGAUUUAAUAUAUAGUUGGUAUAGAGCCACACUUAAAGAAUUAAAUAAUAGGAAGAAAAAAGGAAUAGAUUAAAUGGAGAAAGAGAUAGAGUAAUCAAGAGAGUAGGAUUUAAUUAGAAAUAUUAAAAAUUGAAUGAAAAUGAGGAAGAGACUGAUCAUUAAACAAUUUAAAUGUUUGAUUAAAAGUAGAAUGAGGAAAAAUUGGUUUCUAUGCAAAAGAUUGAGUCUAUGUUAAAUGAUAUUGCUGGAGUAUUCUAAAGAGUAGGAACUAUGGUGAGAUUAUAAGAAACUAUGAUUGAAAGAAUUGAUAAAUAUACAGAUGAGGCAUAAGUUAAUGUUAGUAAGGGACGUAAAGAAUUAUAGGAAUCACAUAAAAGAAUAAGUUCUAAUAGAGGUUUAAUCUUAAAAGUUUUUUUAAUUUUGUUUAUUUUUGCUUUUAUCUACAUAGUAUUUAUUUUGUGA